CUUCUUUAGUUCUUUUUGCUUUACUCGUUUGUUUUUUUACUUUUUUGUCGAAUUUUGUCAUGUCGGCUGAAGAGAUUGUUUUACAACUCAAACGGAAAGGAACUUUUGAUGAAUUACGAAAACGGUUAUUAGCAGAUUUUCAAACUGAGCCUGCUGGUCAACAAUUUAUGAAAAAGAUACAAGACUUUAUGGAAGAUAUGAUAACUAAGGAUCCCUCAUUAUUAGAUAAGGACAAAUCAGCUUUUCAUUCUUUAAUGUUGAAUGAAAUAGAAAAAACUGGAAUGUAUCAAACUAUUCAAAAAGAAAUUGUGACAACUCUUAUGCAAGCGGACGAUUUUCAAAAACGUGUAGAAGACGAAAUGAAUACUGUUUUGAACAAUUUGUGAUACCCCCCCUCCUUCUUUCCUUCUCUUAGUCAUAUCUUUUAUUAUGUUUAUAUAUAUAUAUUAUAUUUUAGACUAUUAUUCGUAUUAUUUUUAUUUAUAUUAGUAUUUUUUUUUUUUACUUUUCAUUUUGUAUACAUCAAUAAAAUAGUGUUUCUUCUAUGUUGAUUUGACUACAAAUGGGAUAGUUACAAAAAGACUGGUGGCUGUAGGAUUGAAAACUCCGCGUAUUAUUUUUUUUUUAUCUCUUUU